AUCUCGUGCCAAAAAUAAAUGCAUCUAUAUAGAGGACGGAGGGAGUAUAUUUUUACAACGGCCGAUCAUAACUAGGAUCACUUCACUUGUCAUAUAAAAUAAUGACGGAAAAACCAACCUUAAUAAAAAAAAUGUAGAUUUGCUAGUUUGACAACGAAAUGAAUCUACUUCUCAUGAUCAAGGUUCAAGAGAGAGAUUUUUCAGUUAACUCCACACUACUGUUAAAUUCAUGAUCAAGAGAGCAGCAGUCUCAUUUAGAUACUGAAUUUCCCCAACAUUCUCACUCUCAGAAUUCAUAAACAAGAUAGAGAAAGCAAUCAAUCAAAUAGAAUUCCGGAUAAAGCUCUGCUCCCAUCCUCAUCCUCAUCCUCAUCCUCAUCCAUGGGAGCCCUAAUAUCCAAACAAAUCCAACGCUACAAAGACGUCAAAACGGAGAAGAAAGCCCUCGCCGACCUCAAACAGAGCUGCGGCUGCGAUUUCCCCGGCUGCGACUACCGCCCUCCCGACCGGAAAAACUGGAUGUCUGCCCUCAAUCCAGAUAAGCUCCGCAUCAACCAGAUCGUCUGGCCAGGCACGCACGACUCAGCCACCAACAAAAUCGGCAUCCCUCUCAUCACCCGCCCCUUCGCCCAGUGCCAAACCCUCUCCAUCUACGACCAGCUCUCCGCCGGCGCCCGCGCACUCGACAUCCGCGUCCAGGAGGACCGCCGCAUCUGCCACGGCAUCCUCCUCACCUACUCCAUCGACGUCGUCAUCGCCGACGUCAGAAAAUUCCUCCACGAAACACAAUCGGAAAUCCUAAUUUUAGAAAUCCGCACCGAAUUCGGCCACGCCGAUCCGCCGGAUUUCGAUCAGUAUCUCAGGGAUCAGCUCGGCGAUUACCUGAUCCGCCACGACGAUCGCGUUUUCGAGAGGACGAUCGCGGAUCUACUGCCACGGCGGGUGAUCUGCGUGUGGAAUCCGCGGGAGGCAGCGGCCCCGGCGGCGGGGGAUCCGCUGUGGAACGGCGGUUACUUGAAGGACAACUGGAUCAACACGGACAAGCCGUGGACGAAAUUCGAGAGCAAUUUGAAAAAAUUGGGGGAACAGCCGGCGGCGGCGGGGAGGAGGUAUUUCUACCGAGUGGAGAAUACGGUGACGCCGCAAGCGGAUAACCCGAUCGUGUGGGUGAAGGUGGUGACGAGCCGGAUCCGACCCUACGCGAGGACGUUUAUUGCGCAGUGUUUUGCGCGGGGAAUUUCGGAUCGUUUGCAGAUAUUUUCCACGGAUUUUAUUGAUUGGGAUUUUGUGGAUGCAUGUGUUGGUUUGACAUCCGCCCGGUUUGAGGGCAAGGCUUGACGGAUCGCCU